UCAAUUUAAGAAAAGGCAAAAAAGAUCGUUGGGAGCACGCGAUCUCCACAUCAGGAGCCCCCAGCACAUACUCCACACGCUUCCUUUGGUCCGGGCACGUCAGUGCGCACCAAACCGGAGAGAAAUGCAGUCACUACAAGAGAAAGCGUCGCAGUGGAGCGGCGUUGACUCGGCCGACGCCUUCGCCAUCGACACCACCAAUCUGUUCCAGAAGCUUGGACUCCAGACCUUCAUCAAUCUCUCCACAAAUUUCUACAACAGGGUUUUUGAUGAUGAAGAGGAAUGGUUUAGGUCUAUCUUUGCGAGCUCAAAGAAAGAAGAAGCUAUUCAGAAUCAGUACGAGUUCUUCGUGCAGAGAAUGGGAGGACCUCCUCUGUAUUCUCAGAGAAAAGGCCAUCCUGCAUUGAUUGGCCGGCAUAGACCAUUUCCUGUCACGCAUCAAGCUGCAGAACGAUGGUUGCAUCACAUGCAAAAGGCCCUAGAAAGCUCCCCAGAUAUUGAUGAUGAUUCAAAGACAAAAAUGAUGAAUUUUUUCAGACACACUGCAUUCUUUCUUGUGGCUGGAGAUGAGUUAAAGAGUCAAAAUCAACAAGUCGUGUGCAAGCAUGCAGGCAGCAAACCAGAUGCAGUCUAAAACUAUUAAUGGCAUACCUUCAUUCCUUUGUUGGGAAAAACAAAUGGAUAUGUUGCCAUUCAUCCACCUCUUAAUUAUGACAGUGUAACUUUACCACAGCCUGUCUCAAUAAAUCUUUUCUAGAAAACAUUUAUUUACAAAAGGGAUGUCCAGACUGCGUUAGAUGAUACUCUCUCAUACAUUUCCCCUUCCUUUGCAGUUUUUAUUGAAUUUUUCUUUGGUAUGAGUCGAUUUCUAUCUUGUAUAAGCUAUUUACAUAAUCAAAGUGGUUGUCAAAGUUUUAUAUACAUCCAUGAUCUGAUAUAAUGCAUCAUUUUUUCUUUUAUUUGAUCGCCAUGAUGUAAUGCAUCACUGUUCAUAAUGUUGAGUGAAUUUCUUAGAUCCUGUCUGACCAUAUUGAAGAGGAGGAUCUUGUAUCAUUCGCCGUGGAAAUAAUUGCUAUGUUACUGCAAAAAAAUGUGGUUACAUGUGCUGUAGAUAAAAGCCUAAUUCAUGAUUGGAGUCUAAAUAAUUGCUACCUUACUGCCAGAUAUGUGAGUGCAUGUGCUAUGGAUAAAAGCCUUGUUCAUGAUUGGAGUCACCUUGAAUUGUGACUCCCAUACCACGUUCUCCCAACUAUGUGGACGAAUCGGUAUGUUUGCACAUUUUAAUUUAUUUCUUUUGGUGACACUAGCUGUGUGUUUGGUACGUAUAAAUGAUCUCCAUAAAAAUGUAUAGGAUUC